GGGCAUUUGCAAAUGGCGGGUAUCUCUUUCAACAGCCGUAUGUUUGGCAUUUCUUGUGGGACCCUUAUCUUAUAUAGAUCCGCUUAAAUGCAUGUUCACUGAAAGUCAAGCAGUUUGUCUGGUGGCCAUCAAUUCUGCGACACAUUCACUAUCAGUUUACAGCUCUCAGUCACACUACUCGUCCAAGCAUUCCUCCUCUCCUGUCUCUGAUCUUCACCCCUGUAUCGGUCUUUCUCAGCCCUCAGCUGUUAGCCGACAAGACGAGUAGGAGGUGUCCAGCAUGCACUCCAUGUUGGUGAUGGUGACGUUGCCAUUUAAAGUGCUGGAAGAGCCAAACUCGGGUUCCGAUUCCAACCCGACUGAUGCAGUCAUCUUCGUGGGUAUCAGCUUGGUGUUAGGGAUAGCUUGCAGGCAUCUGCUGAGGGGUUCCAGAGUGCCUUACACGGUUGCUUUGCUAGUCGUUGGCAUUGGUCUCGGAGCCUUGGAUUAUGGAAAGCAUAAUCAGCUUGGAAAGAUUGGAAAUGGGAUUCGUAUCUGGGCAAAUAUUGAUCCUGACCUUUUAUUGGCUGUUUUUCUUCCUGCACUUCUCUUCGAGAGUUCAUUCUCAAUGGAAGUGCAUCAGAUAAAGAGGUGCAUGGUCCAAAUUAUUCUACUUGCUGGGCCUGGAGUGCUCAUUUCAACUUUUGUUCUUGGAUCCGUGUUAAAGCUUGCUUUCCCAUAUAACUGGAGCUGGAAAACAUCUUUAUUGCUUGGGGGAUUGCUGAGUGCUACUGAUCCCGUGGCUGUUGUCGCUUUGCUAAAAGAACUUGGGGCAAGCAAGAAAUUGAGCACCAUAAUUGAAGGAGAAUCCUUGAUGAAUGAUGGGACGGCAAUCGUUGUAUAUCAACUGUUUUUGCGCAUGGUUCUUGGAUGGAGCUUUAACUGGGGAUCAAUAUUCAAGUUUUUGCUGCAAGUCACCAUUGGGGCAGUGGCCAUUGGUCUUGCUUUAGGACUGUCAUCUGUUUUUUGGCUGGGAUAUAUUUUCAAUGAUACAGUGAUAGAGAUCACACUCACACUUGCUGUGAGCUAUGUAGCUUAUUUCACCGCACAAGAAAUGGCCAAUUUUUCGGGUGUAUUGACUGUCAUGACGUUAGGAAUGUUCUACUCUGCUGUUGCUAAAACUGCUUUCAAGGGUGACGGGAAAAAAAGUAUGCAUCAUUUUUGGGAAAUGGUCGCAUAUAUUGCCAACACAUUAAUUUUUAUCUUAAGUGGGCUUGUCAUAGCAGAUGGAUUUCUUCAAAGUGACAACUUUUCUAAAACCCAUGAAUAUUCCUGGGGUUACCUCAUCCUUCUCUACAUUUUUGUUCAAGUCUCCCGGAUAGUUGUUGUUGGAGUAUUGUUUCCACUUCUGAGGUGCUUUGGCUAUGGUUUAGAUUGGAAAGAAGCUAUUAUUCUCGUAUGGUCUGGCCUACGAGGGGCUGUAGCAUUAUCUCUUUCGCUAUCUGUGAAGCGUUCAAGUGGUAACUCAUCUCUUAUCAAUUCAGAGACUGGAACUCUGUUCAUUUUCUUUACCGGUGGAAUUGUGUUCUUGACGCUGAUUAUCAAUGGAUCAACAACACAAUUCAUUUUACACUUCUUAAAAAUGGAUAAGCUAUCAUCAGCAAAGCGGCGCAUAUUAAAUUACACGAAGUAUGAGAUGUUGAACAAAGCUGUGGAAGCAUUUUCUGACCUUGGAGAUGACGAGGAACUAGGACCUGUUGACUGGCCUACUGUCAAAAGAUAUCUUACAUGCUUAAAUGAUUUAGAGGAUGAUGAAAGAAUGCACCCUCAUUCUUCAUCAGGAAACAACGAUAGCCUACAUCAUCUAAAUACAAAAGAUAUCCGGAUUCGCUUUUUGAAUGGUGUUCAAGCUGCUUACUGGGGAAUGCUAAAUGAGGGAAGGAUAACACAGAACAUUGCAAACAUUCUAAUGGAAUCUGUUGAUGAAGCACUUGACUUAGUAUCUCAUGUGGCUUUGUGUGAUUGGGAAGGCCUAAAAACUUAUGUGAAUAUUCCGAAUCGUUAUAAGAUUCUUCAAACAAGUAUUGUCCCGCAAAAACUUGUCACAUACUUCACUGCCGAGAGAUUAGAAUUUGCGUGUUAUAUCUGUGCAGCCUUUCUCCGGGCCCAUAGGAUUGCAAGGCAGCAACUAAAUGACUUUAUUGGAGAUAGUGAAAUCACAUCAUCUGUGAUAAACGAAAGCAAAGAAGAAGGGGAGAAAGCACAAAAUUUUCUUGAAGAAGUACGGCUCACAUUUCCUCAGGUUCUCCGUGUUGUCAAAACGAGACAAACAACGUAUACUGUACUGAAUCGAUUGAUGAAGUAUGUGCAUAAUCUUGAAGAGAUUGGUUUGUUAGAAGAAAAAGAGAUGAUUCAUCUUCAUGAUGUUGUACAGACUGACCUGAAGAAACUCUUACGGAACCCCCCUGGAGUAAAGAUGUCAAGUGUUCGUGAUUUGAUAGGUAUAAAUCCUUUCCUAGGAGCCCUUCCUUCCACAGUCAGUGAGACCCUAGUUGGCUGUACCAAGGAGAUUAUGAAGUUAAGUGGUUCUACACUGUAUAGAGAAGGAGAUAAGCCAACCGGUAUUUGGCUUAUUACAAAUGGAGUGGUGAAGUGGACAAGCCGGAUUUCAAGCCAUAACCACCGGCUGCAUCCCACAUUUACACAUGGAAUUACAUUGGGAUUGUAUGAAGUUCUUGUUGGAAAGCCAUACAUCUGUGAUAUUGUCACUGAUUCAGUGGUUCGCUGUUGUUUUAUUGAAACAAAGAAGUUACUUUAUGCUCUUAAAUCUAAUCCUACAGUAGAAGAUUUCUUUUGGCAGGAAAGUGCUACUGUUCUUGCCAAUGUCUUGCUUCCUGAAGUUUUUGGGAAAGUUGGGAUGCCUGACCUAAGAGCUUUUAUUGCACGAAAAUCCACACUGAGUACAUACACAAGGGGGGAAAGUUUCGAAUUGGCUCACCAUUCUAUUGGUUUUUUAUUAGAAGGAUUUGUGAAGAGUCAAGGUGAAGAUGGCCAGUUAGUAUCCUUUCCUGCAGCAUUAUAUCCUUCUUGCGAAGGGAAAAGUUCAGGGAAAUCUGAAAAGGAAGGUGCCAGGGUAGACAGUUUUUCACAUCAACCACAUUGGUAUCAAGUUGAGACAAGAGCUAGGGUUAUCGUGUUUGAUGAUGUUGGAGCAUUUGAAACACACUCAAGCUCCCAUAGGAUUUCAUCUUCGUUUUUAUUACAUCCAGCAGAGCUCCAACUUAGAUCACUUAGUAGAGAUGGUGGGAGCCUAAUGAGUUGGCCCGAACAUUCAUCUUUGCCCGAAGACCAUUACAGUCGAGAAGGCACUUAUCGCCAGAAAAAUAUUCUCUCCACACCGUCAAUGCACCCAUGUAUGUUUGGUGGUAUGACAAGCAGCACCAAAGGGCCAAAAGACAAAAGCAUUACUUCUCAAAGUCUGUCAUAUCCAAGGAUUUCAUCAAAUGUUGCACGGCCUCUUGUCUCUGCGAGAUCAGAGGGAUCUUGCACCAUUUAUAAGCCUGUUGAUGUUCAUGGAACCAACAAAGAAGACAGUGUUACUAAAC